AUGUACACUCUCGCUGUCGACGGGUACGCUCCAAAAUUCCUGGGAAAUUUGAAUCGGUUCCAAGUGCCCUGGGUGGCCGUUCUGGCCACGUCUGCGAUCUCAGGCCUAUGCUUCGGUGCGUGCUGUAUCGGGGCCGGCCAGCUGUGGUCAUGGCUGCAGAAUCUGGUCGGUGUGUCCAACCAGCUGUCCUGGAUCUGCAUCGGUCUCUCCUCACUGCGGUUCCGAGCCGGUAGCAAAGCCCAAGGCCUCGAGCACCUCCUUCCAUUUCGAAACUGGACUUAUCCCGUCGGUCCGAUUCUCGCGGUCGGCCUCAAUAUUGUUCUCGUGCUUGUGCAAGGCUGGUCGUGUUUCAGCCCGACGUUCAGCGCCGUGGACUUCGUGUCCUUCUACGUCGAGCUGCCCAUCAUACUAGUUAUGUUCCUGUUCUGGACACUCUUAAGCGCACGAAAUUCGUACAUCUCGACCGUAUGGAUCUGA